AAACCAGUUACUGUUUCUUGGACUCUUUUCGAGCCGACUUUUAUUCGUCGAUCAGGCGGACCCAGGCAUCGUAGUCAUCAUCAAGACAAAAAGGUGAUUUGGGAGAUUGAGAUGGAAAAAAUCGGAUUGUCAAUUUGGCCACGAAGAGUACUGCCGCGAUCUUGA